UCCACCUCCUCUCAACCGCUCUGAGCACUUCCUGCUCGCAUCUCCUCGCACACAGCCAUGUCUUCCUCCUCCUCCUUUACGCCGUUCACGGACGACUACCCCACCCCCCGUCUCAGCGGCCGUUUCCCAAACGACCCAGCCUACCCUGACCUCGCCGGUCGUGGCACAUCCUCUCCCGCCACCCGACCCACCAGCGCCCCCACAAAUCUGUCUGCUGACUGGACCAGCGGCAGAGAAAAUAUCUCGCACCAUUCAUUCUCCGGGCCCCAAUGGGACCUUGCCUACGACCGCCGCUCGCUCUCCGGCCAUCGGCUCGACGCGUCCGCCUCCCCGAACACCUUCCCCUCGUCCCCUUCCAGCUGCUCGUUACCUUCCCCGCCCUCCGCCAGUACCUCUCUUCCGAACGACGCGGACAACGCCUGGAAUCUUAUUCCGUAUCACGUGGCCUGGGGCCCCGAGUACGAGGAAUAUCGUGCAGGCACCUUGCCGGGCCCAGAGGGGGACUGUAUCUUCCUCCGCUCUCCGACGCCGCUAAAGAACCAGCGAGCGGUCGAGGCCUGCAAGAAGUGCCGAGAGCGCAAGGCUAAGUGUUCCGGUACUCGCCCGUCGUGUGCCCGAUGCACCUCACGAGGUUAUGCCUGUCAAUACGCCUCAGAGGCGGAACCAGACCGGGGCCCAGCCAAGAAUCGUCGUCGCCGCCGAGACGUGACUACGGUCGCCUCUCCGCCGGUAGUGCGCGUCGUCGGCGACGAUGUCUCUUCUGAGAAGGACUAUCACACUCGCGACCUCUCCCUCAAGCAUGAGGACGAUCCACUGGCUUUCGCAUAUCCGCUGGGUGUGAGCCCUGCGGCUGUGUCAUGGGAGGGCUCGACUCCCUCUGAUGAGUUCGCCAUGGACGAGGCGUGGCGGUUCCCCGAGCACACGUCCUCUACGCCUAGCGACGAUGGUUCGCUGAUCCAUUACCAAGAUUCAGCUUAUCCUGUUCAUUCGUACUCUGACGAGCUUCAACAUCUCCAUCUCCCGAGUGAUGCCUCCAUCCUUGCGCCUCGACCACUUCGUCAUCUAUCAUCUACAUCCCUCCUCGGGGCCUCCGGCGACCAGUCUUCCUCUGCCUCUCUUUCAUUCGACGGCUCUGUGUCACAGACCACAUUCGGUGCCCCUUUGCCCUCCCACUACGCCUCCAUCGAUGGCAGCUUCCAGACGCCGUCCGAGGAUGCUCACAUCCACUAUGAUCUCCCUCCAUCAUAUGUCUCAUCUACCAUGUCACCCCAUUACUUCUCCGGCGACGUGUUAUACAAUGCGCAGCACGCUGAUCCAUAUAAACUUGGAGCGGCACCUGUCUUUCACCAAGACUUUGGGACCGGUUACCAGGAGUCGGAUAGUGCUGCUGCCCCCCAAUUUUCGACAUACGCUCCCCUUUCAUCAGCGUACACGCCGUUCCCUCGAGGCUCCUAGGGAGCUGGUGGCAUAGCCACGCGGCACCGACGAGAUUGCUCCCGGUUGCUGCUAUUGCGAUAGUGUAUACCCUCUGAUAGGGUUAACCCUUUCAGCUAAAUCCGUGGAAUCGUCUACCUUUUUGAGAUUGACUUGCUGCGGACUCAUUUGUGUUAUAUAACUCAUGCUCGUGGACGAUCUUCUGUCUCCUGUCACCGGUUCCAUCUUGUUCACUUGCAAACCCCACAUUGUUCUGUAUUGACUGCUUCAUUUCUUGUCUCGAUUCUUGGUCUUCACACUGGUCUUGUGCUUCGUACAUCUCACCGCUUGAAAAAGUAUUCAUUUGGUCAUUAUAUCAUACUCUCCACCACCUACACUACUCGUACAAAUACGUACACUGCAAUGGCACAUUCGAAAAUCGAGUUUUUCGACCUCCUU